UAUUAAGAAAGAAAAAGCAAAAGAAACCACCCUUUCUUCUUCAUUUUUGUCUGUAGCGUCUCUCGUUCAUCCUCUCCAAUUCCAAUUCCUACUUGUCUAUUAGUUUUUAUCUGGUUUUGCAUCUUGGUCUAUAAAUAGACGUGAACGAGAGACUCCACAGUGGGAAGGCCAAACAACCCUUUGCUUUGACGCCUUGUCUCUCUCCCUACCCUUUCCUUUCUUUCUUCCAUCUCCCCAAACCCACAAAGCAGAGAUUGAGGUAGAAGGAAUAAUAGACAGAGUGAAAGGGCGGCGAUGGGGAGGCCACCUUGCUGUGAGAAAGUGGGAGUGAAGAAAGGGCCAUGGACUCCCGAGGAAGACAUCAUGUUGGUGUCUUGCAUUCAGGAUCACGGCCCUGCCAAUUGGCGAUCCGUUCCAACCAAUACUGGUUUGCUGAGAUGCAGCAAGAGCUGCCGACUGCGGUGGACAAACUAUCUCCGGCCGGGGAUAAAGCGGGGGAACUUCACCCCUCAGGAGGAGAAGAUGAUCAUCCACCUCCAAGCCCUCCUCGGCAACAGGUGGGCAGCCAUCGCAUCCUACCUCCCCCAGAGGACCGACAACGACAUCAAGAACUACUGGAACACCCACCUCAAGAAAAAGCUCCACAACAACCACCACCCACAACAACAAGAAGAAGAAGAAGGAGGGUCGCCAUCCGACUCACCCACGGCGGCUUCCUCUUCCCACAAACACUCCAAAGGGCAGUGGGAGAGGCGCCUCCAGACCGACAUCGGCCUCGCCAAGCAAGCCCUCUGCCACGCCCUCUCCCUCCACCAAAAUUCUUCCAAACCCUUUGAUCUCCACCACACAAAGCAGCAGCAGCGCCAAUCUUCGCCGACGUCGGGUAGUACGAGUAAUAACUCGAGCGGUUACGCGUCGAGCGCGGACAACAUCGCCAGGCUGCUGCGGAGCUGGAUGAAGAAUCCAGAUCCGGCUCACUCCGACACCACUCAGAAUUCCAAAACCAACAACCACAACAACAAUUUCGACUCGCUCUUCAGCUUCAGCUCCCCCUCGGACGCUGGGUCGCAGUCGGUGGAAAGCAAGCCGAUACCCAUCCAAAGUAAUGACACUACACCGCCGCUUUCGUUGCUGGAGAAGUGGCUAUUCGACGACACCAGCAUCAUUACAAACACUACUACCGCCGCUGACCUGAUCAACAUGGCGCCGAUAGACGCCGCCGUUGCCGCUUCCGGCUUGUUUUGAAGUCUAGAAAUUAGUACCAUCAUUACUUACUUACCUAUCCUUUUUUUUUUAAUCUUCACCAUCAUAUCGUAUCAUACCAUAAGAUCGCUGUUAAUUAAUUCUUGUCUUUUUGCAUCUUCUGGGUUUUGGUCUUUUUUGUUAUGGGUAGUGAAAUUCUUAGGUGUCCUUAGUAGUAAUAGUGAUGGGAGGGAAGGAGUAAGAGAUGGAGGUGGCCCUUUCAAGCUUUCCUGCAGGAAGGGCUUCAAAACAAAACAAAGACCGCAGUACAGUUUGGAAGAUGAAGAAGAAGAAACAAGUGUAAAUUAAUUAUGCAGUAGGAGUACAUGCUUUAAUUAAUCUUUCCGUAUUUACAUUAUAAUAACAUGUAUAUGUAUAUACUGCAAUUUGGUACCCUCUCAUCUCUCAAGUCUCAACUGUUAUUAUUAAUUAAUAUCAAAUUUCUUUUCCCCCAU